CUGUUAAAAGACAAACUGAGGCAUAUUAAAAAUUUUAAGAGUUUAUUUGAACAAAAAUGGAUUCAAACCGGGCAGUGUCAAACUGGAAGAUGUUAGGAGCACUCCACCAAUGGGAGCUCAGGGAGAGGCUUUUAUAGAGAGAAGGCAGAAGCAAAGCAAGGAAGUCAUUAAUGGGCCACAGCUUAAUUCCUGACUGGCUGUCUGUGAUUGGUCAUCCUUAGGUUUCCAUUUCAUAACCCUGUUUCGAUUUUGGUUUGCUGACAUAGGCCAAUUUGGCAUUAGAGCCACCUUAGUGUGACGGCCUCCAGGUUUAAUCAACAACAGUUACCCAAAGGAUUUUCUACUUGGUUUACUCCCAUGCUUGCUUUUGGGUGGAGGGAGGGCCUAGGAUGAUGUCAAAUUACAGUCUUUCCUCCUCCCCUCAGGAAGUAAAGUCCGCUGGCAGGAGUGCCUAAAUUGGCUCUAACCCUGGGCUCUGACAAUGCUUGCUUGUUUUCACAGGGCAGAAGAAUGAAACGCCUUAGAAAAAGAGCAACAUUCUAGAAAAUUGUAUAGUUUCUUUUUCUUCCCAGGUUGCCUCAAGUCCGUGGAGGAUUCCCUUGCUACACACCACAUCAAAGGUAGGAUGAAAAUGGGACUGUGUGUUGGGGUCGGUCCUCUAUAAUGUUUUGAACAACCGGCAUCUCUCCCUGCACGGCCUGCUCACCAGACAGACGGCCAUACCACACGCCGUGCCGGCAGAUUCUCCUUCCCAGGAAGAAACAGCCUGCGUGCCUACCUGCCGGUGGCAAAUAAAGAAUGCCGCCCUCUCCCUCAGAAUAUCUACAUUUUCUCUUCGCUUUUCCUCUCUCUAUAUAUUUAUUUUACUGAACCAUUUGUGAGAAGGUAGCAGACUCUAUGACACUUCACUCCUGAGCUUCUUAGCACACGCCUCCUAAGAACAAGCACAUUCUUCAGCAGAACCACGAGACCACCAUCACCCCCAAGAGAUCUAACCUGGUCUGCUAUACAGUCCUCAUUCCAAUUUCCCCAACGCAGCUCCAAAAGUCCUUUCCAACUUUUUUCUGGCCUGGGAUCCAUUCGAGGAACAGUCAUUGCAUGUUGUUGUCAUGUCUAUUUAGUCCCUUAGAAUAUUUUCAUUUUAGCAAGUGCUGUGAAAGGGAAUUUCCAAACCUGAAGUUCCCCAUCCCUUUUUUAUUUCUCUAAAGUGAAGAGCUUACCCAGAGGGCCAGAGGGUGGUUGGUGCACAGCUUGCCCUAGGAUUUGGUUUGCAGACCUGGGGGGAGAAUAGUGCAAGGAAUGGCCACUCCACAAUCAGUGAGGUCAGGCUUUGCGAUCAACUCCUUUGCUAUUCCUGCCUGAAGUGAACUGAGUGGUCAUCUUUCGGAGGCCAUUCAAAUGGGUGGAAGAGAGAUUUCUGUGGUGGCUUUGAUGUCCCUCACAUCACAGCCUUUUGUUAUCUUUUUCUCAUUUCUCCCAUGGUUCUGCCUGGAUCAUGAUUAUGGAAUAAACGAGGAUAAGGGGACAGUCUAGUCGGGCAGACUUUAUAUGUAACUAAGGACAUACUCCACGAGAACUGUCAGCUCCCUGUGGACUUCCAGGGGAAGCCAGGCAGCAGACCUCCACAAAAAUCCCCCAAAUGGUACAAAGCCCUGCUUGUAUUUUUGAGGUUGAGAUCAGAGAGUCUAUAAACUCCAGAGAGUCUGUAAAUUUUAGAAACGAGGAGAAAUCAUCUAUUUUUAGAGGUGGGCCAAAAAAAAAUUACAGUACAAGUGGUUUUAUACUGCAAAGGAAAUAAAAGUUAGGAUCAUUUUGUCAACUGAGUCAACUCUGUCUUGGAUUCGUCACAGGGAUCUCCUGCAUUUAAAACAAACGAAGCAUCAUGCUGAAGAGGGAGGGGCAGGUCCGACCCUACACGAAAACCCUGGAUGGAGGUUGGGGAUGGAUGGUUGUGUUUCAUUUCUUCCUGGUAAAUGUGUUCGUGAUGGGGAUGACCAAGACUUUUGCAAUUUUCUUUGUGGUUUUUCAAGAAGAGUUUGAAGGCACCUCAGAGCAAACUGGUUGGAUUGGAUCCAUCAUGUCAUCACUUCGUUUUUCUGCAGGUCCCCUAGUUGCUGUUAUUUGUGACAUAAUUGGAGAGAAAACUGCCUCCAUUCUUGGGGCUUUCCUUGUUACUGGUGGAUAUGUGAUCAGCAGCUGGGCUACAAGCAUUCCCUUUCUUUGUGUGACUAUGGGAUUUUUACCUGGUUUGGGUUCUGCUUUCUUGUACCAAGUCGCUGCUGUGGUCACUACCAAAUACUUCAAAAAACGAUUAGCUCUUUCUACAGCUAUUGCCCGUUCAGGGAUGGGACUGACAUUUCUGUUAGCGCCUUUUACAAAAGUCCUGAUAGAUCUAUAUGACUGGACAGGUGCCCUUAUAUUAUUUGGAGCAAUUACACUGCAUUUGGUGCCUUCUAGUAUGCUCUUGAGACCUAUCCAUAUCAAAAGCGAGAGCAAUUCCGAUAUUAAAGAUAAAAGUAGCAGUUUGUCUGCAAGUGGUCCAGAAGCAACGUGUGGGACAGAAACAUCAUGCUGCAAUGAGAUACAAAAGUCUGCCAUCAGGGACAAUACUAUGCAGGAUGGACAACCUGGUAUAAGUUUAACAGUCUCACAAAAUCAAAAUGAAGAGUUCAACAACGAACCUAACAGGAACAGACUCUUCCGAAAAACUAAUGAAGAAAGUUAUGGGAAAAAGGCUAUUUUGUGGAGCUGCAAACAAAAACUCUUUGAUUUUUCUCUCCUUAAGAAUCCUUUUUUCUACAUAUUUACGUGGUCUUUUCUCCUCAGUCAGUUGGCAUAUUUCAUCCCUACCUUUCACCUGGUAGCCAGAGCCAAAACACUGGGGAUUAAUAUCAUGGAUGCCUCCUACCUUGUUUCUGUAGCUGGUAUCAUUGAGACAGUCAGUCAGAUUAUCUCUGGAUGGGUUGCUGAUCAAAACUGGAUCAAGAAGUAUCAUUACCACAAGUCUUACCUCAUCCUCUGUGGCAUCAGUAACCUGCUUGCUCCUUUUGCCACCACAUUUCCACUACUUAUGACCUAUACCAUCUUCUUUGCCAUUUUCUCUGGUGGUUACCUGGCAUUGAUACUUCCUGUACUGGUUGAUCUGUCUGGGAAUUCUAUGGUACACAGGUUCUUGGGGCUUGCCAGUUUCUUUGCUGGGAUGGCUGUCCUUUCUGGACCACCUUUAGCAGGUUGGUUAUAUGAUUAUACCCAGACAUACACCGGCUCCUUCUACUUCUCAGGCAUAUGCUAUCUCCUCUCUUCAGUUUCCCUUUUCUUUGUACCAUUGGCUGAGAGAUGGAAAAACAGUCUGACCAGAAAAGAGGACUGCAAUCAAGUGAGAGCUUAACAAAAGAGAGUCUAAACUAAAAGUCACUGGAAACAAAAGCAUGGAAGAAAAGUACCCGCAUUUGUAAACUAAGAAGUUGAACCACAUAAUUUUUUAAGGUUCCUUUUUGCUUUAGCACUCUGAAGA